AUGAGAUUUGGGCAAGAAUUGGAAGAUGAUUACCGGCACGAUAGUCGUGAAGAAAUACAAUCAACCUUAAGGGAAACCUUUUCACUGUUAGCCUAUUCAGAUCCUACCACAAGUGUAAUGUCUUAUCUCUUAGAUCCUGCUCACCGGGAACCAGUUGCGAAUUCUUUAAAUAGCGCCAUAUUAGUAUCAGAGGGAAAACCGCCGAUUCCACCUUUGGAAAUAAUUUACCGCCAAGCUUCAGUCACCGUUAGAGAAUCAUUAAGAAAUGGAAUAGGCGCAGCCUCUCUUGUGAAUGUUCAAAAAGAUUGUCUUCUUUAA